AGUCGCUGCUCUUGUACGUCUCCGGUGCACGAUCGUGGGUGUACACGCCUCCGUCUUCAAGCCAGUUUUGCGUUGUCGUUGCAUGCGAGUCGCCGGUGCGCGCUGCGUCUUUGUGCUCUCUCGCGCCCUCUCCACCCCCGCGUUGCUCUCACGCAGACCUUCACCGUCCUCGCUGUUAAAAGGCAAAGAAGAAGCCAGUCUCUCUGAUUCACACGCUCCGCGACAAAUGGACGGCCUUCGCCCUCAACAGCACGGUCGACCGCACGCAAAGCGCAGUACCGCACACCCCGCAGGACCCUGCGAAAGCGGCGGGGGAGCCGGGCUGCCCAGUGCCCCCGGUGCGCAACUGGAUGCAGAGCUGGUUCGUCAAACCCUUGCCACGGGGCCCCUCUCACCACCGCAGCAGCCACAACAGCGGCCGUCGUCGGGACAUAACAGAAACGUGAAAGCGACACAAGGACGAAGUGAAGCGAGCGCGGCCGUCGCGACCACCGCCACCGCCGCCGCCUCGUCAUCCAUUGCGCCGCAGCCCUUCGAUGUGUACGUGGUGCUCGACUUCGAGGCGACCUGCGAGGAAAACAGGCGCCUCGCCGACCCGGAGGUGAUCGAGUUUCCCUUCGUCCUCGUGGACGCCCGCACGGCGCGGCCGGUGGCGGAGUUUCAGCGCUACGUCAAGCCCGUGAGGCACCCAACGUUGUCCGCCUUCUGCACCGAGCUGACCGGCAUCACGCAGGACACGGUGGACGGCCGGCCCACGUUUCCGGCGGUCUAUCGAGAGGCGCUAGACUUUAUCGCACGUGCCGGUCUCGGCGAUGCCCCUCCGUGGCGCAGCUACUGCGUGGUGACCUGCGGCGACUGGGAUCUGAAGGUGAUGCUGCCGGCGCAGAUGGCUGUCAGCGGGCAGCAGGGCGUACCCGCAUCGUUCCAGCGAUGGUGCAACCUGAAGAAGCUGAUGGGACAGCUGAACCUUGCACCGUCUUCUGGUGGUGGUGGUCGCAAGAAUGGCGGUGCGCCGUCUGGUAUGCCGGAGAUGCUGCGCCUGCUGGGACUUCCACUGCAGGGCCGCCACCACAGCGGCAUCGACGACUGCCGCAACAUUGCGUCGGUGUUGUGUGAAUUGCUGAAGCGCGGCUACGUGGUCGACGCUACCUAUGACCCGGCGCGGUCGUCGUCGCCCUCCGCGCAACCAACUCGUUGGCACGCCCCGCUGCAACAGACAGACGCUGCGCAGUUGCCGGCCCUCGAGUCGCUGGUGAGCAGCCUCGCCGAUGGCCCGGAUUCCACCGGACGACGAGCCACCGACACACCGCCGCGUACGCAAACACGCAAGGAGAAGAAGCCUGUGCCGUCGACGCCCACCGUUGGCGCUGCCCCUCCUCCGCCUCGCCGGACGGUCCACAUUGACACAGGUAGAAACGCCGUCGAAGAGCUCUUGCGCAGUGCCGCCCCUUCCACCAGCGCAUCUAGUACGUUUUCCCCGCAGGAGCAGAAAACCAUCUCGAAGUUCCUCUCCACCCUGCUGCGGCACAAAGCGGAUCAGUGGAGGGUGCCCAUUACCGCAAACGGCUACGUGCUGGUGGCGGACGCGUUGCGGCAGCCGCAGGUCGCACAGAGGCAUCUGACGCCUCAAGACAUCGCGUUGUUGGUGCGCGACUCCGACAAGCAGCGCUUCCGCCUUGCCUUUGGCGCGGAGGACGGUCGGCUGUACAUCGCUGCCGCGCAGGGACACAGCAUGGAUGGCGUAGAGCCGGAGCUGCGUGUGCUGACCAACCCGGACGAAGUGCCCGUGGCGGUGCACGGCACCUACUGGGCUGCGUGGCAUCUCAUUGAAGGGUGUGGCUACAUGAGCACCAUGACGCGACAGCACAUUCACUUUGCGAAAGGCCUCAUGCACGACGGGGAGGUGAUCAGUGGGAUGCGCAAGGAUGUGCAGAUUUUCAUCUACCUUGACGUGCCCGCCGUGUUGGCCGACGGCGUCCCGCUGUUCGAGAGCUCCAACGGUGUCAUCCUCACACCUGGCGUGGGCGACACCCGACAGCUGCCGCUGAAGUACGUGGCGAAGGUGGUGGAUCGUAAAUCAGGGCGGACAGUUUACCCAAUCGAUGCACCACGGUGA